AUGAAAUAUCUUGGGCAGCGCUCUUUCGACGCCGCUCACCCAUCUACGGUGCGAUCACCAGAGGUAGAUGGCAGUCCUGUGCGACAAGAAGCGUCCAAGGGAAGCAUCUCCGUUACAAGAAUGCUCGACGUUUCCAAGGUUCACAUGUGGCUUCUUCCAUACAGGAUGGCGUGCACGCUUCCUCGACCUCGACCUCAAGAGAGGACAGCCGACAGCGGGACAAACGAACUGAUCAUCCAUCCAGUGCAGGAAGCAUCGAGCUCAAAUUCCCCGGCCAACUCUGAAGAUUAG